AUGUCGUACGGUAUGCUGAAUUUACUGACUUCUUCGCCAAUGAAGCGUAUGACCAGCUUGCCUUCAAGAGAUACGACUGAUUACGACUUUUCCGAUCAAGCCCCUGUCUCGGUUGAAGCGACAGACCUUGAGACCGAUGAUUUUGUGGGUUUGGAUGCGUUGGAUGCCGCGGCAAGUGAUAAGUAUGGAGCUCGAGGUGAUAAGGGCUCGGAUGCUAAGAAAACGUCUUCGCUGUCUAAUUCACGUACAAGGUAUAGGACUCUUUCUCUUAGCACAAAUAAUCUCUUAUCCUCCGGAGAUACAGAGGGAGACAAAAGACUGACUUUAGAAGCAAAUAACACUCCCGGUGCCGGUGAAAGGAGUGACCGCGACGGGGGUGUAUUCGGGUCGUUUGACGAUAUCGAUAGUCCUGGUGGAACGAGAGGAAGAAAUCGAGAAAGAAGCUUAGUUUCACAUGAUCAUGACACGUUUAGGCCUUCGCCGUUGUCCGGUGAUGUAGAAGACGAUGCGAACGAUACAAACAUGCUGACCACAAACGAACCGGGUGUCAGUGUGACUGGUACAAGCACAAAGGAUGGUACAGCGAAGUCUGAAGGUAAAGAUAGCUUGAGUCUCGAGAGCUUGGGCGGAGUUAUGCCGUCAAGUCCAAAGAUUAGGCGAAGUAGCUCGCGCGGUCCUAAAAAUAGAGAUGGAGAGACUUUAGAUAACGAUGCCACAAGCGGAACUUCCAGCGAUAAAGAAGGAGUACAAAGGGCCUCUGGCCGUCCCAAUUUUUUAGAUGUUAAAACAGCCGAAGUGGUAGACUACCAGUAUUUCGCUUGGUAA